AUGUCCCUCGGUGAUAAAUGCAACCAACAGACCAGUGAUGCCGUUGCACAAGCCGUCAACUCCAGCAAUUUUGUCAGUGUGGCUGCCGGAAAUGACAGAGAAAAUGCAAGCGGCUCCUCGACUGCCUCGGAGCCGUCUGUCUACACUGUCGGUGCAAGCGACAUGAACGACAAAUCUGCCAGCUCCUCCAACUACGGCAGCUUGGUCGACAUUGUUGCACCCGGUGUCAAUGUGCUCUCGACCCGGAACGGGAGCACGACUGCGACAGAACAAUCUCCGGUACCUCCAUGGCUACUCGCCAGGCAUUUGGAGCAUUAUUAUGAUGAGUAG